GCCGGGGCCGGGGCGAUGUGAGCGGGCGGCGGGCCCGGUGCGCGCCCCCCCGCCUCCGCCAGCGCCUCUCGGCCGGUGCCUGCCGCCGCCGCCGCCGCCGCGGGCCGGGCCCCGCGUUAUGUCGUGAGCCCGGGUUGCGGCGCCGCCGCCGCCGGGGCCGCCGAUGGGGCUGCUCAGGAUCAUGGUGCCGCCCAAGCUGCAGCUGCUGGCCGUGCUGGCGUUCGGCGUGGCCGUGCUCUUCCUGGAGAACCAGAUCCAGAAGCUGGAGGAGUCCCGCGGCAAGCUGGAAAGGGCUAUUGCAAGACAUGAAGUCAGAGAAAUAGAACAACGUCAUACAGCAGAUGGCCCCCGACAAGAUGUGACACUGGAUGAAGAAGAUGAUGUGGUGAUUAUUUACAACAGAGUACCUAAGACUGCCAGCACAUCCUUCACAAAUAUUGCCUAUGAUCUUUGUGCAAAGAACAAGUAUCACGUUCUACAUAUCAAUACAACCAAAAAUAAUCCUGUUAUGUCUCUGCAAGAUCAGGUUCGAUUUGUGAAGAACGUGACUUCCUGGAAGGAAAUGAAACCAGGAUUUUACCAUGGACACGUAUCUUAUUUGGACUUUGCAAAGUUUGGUGUUAAAAAGAAACCAAUUUACAUAAAUGUCAUAAGAGACCCUAUAGAACGACUAGUUUCUUAUUAUUACUUUCUGCGCUUUGGAGAUGAUUACAGACCAGGGCUACGCAGGCGAAAACAGGGAGAUAAGAAGACCUUCGAUGAAUGUGUGGCAGCUGGAGGUUCAGACUGUGCUCCGGAGAAACUUUGGCUUCAAAUUCCAUUCUUCUGUGGCCACAGCUCCGAGUGCUGGAAUGUGGGAAGUAGAUGGGCUUUGGAACAAGCCAAGUACAACCUGAUUAAUGAAUACUUCCUAGUGGGAGUUACUGAAGAGCUUGAAGACUUCAUCAUGUUAUUGGAGGCAGCUUUGCCCCGGUUCUUCAGGGGUGCCACAGAACUGUACCGGACAGGAAAGAAGUCUCAUCUUAGGAAAACAACUGAGAAAAAACUUCCCACAAAAGAAACUAUUGCCAAGCUACAACAGUCUGAAAUCUGGAAAAUGGAAAAUGAGUUCUAUGAAUUUGCACUGGAGCAAUUUCAAUUCGUCAGAGCACAUGCAGUUCGGGAAAAAGAUGGAGAAUUGUAUAUUCUGGCUCAAAACUUUUUCUAUGAAAAGAUUUACCCUAAAUCAAACUAAGAACACAGUACUGGUAGAUUUAUGGACCUAAAUCUUUGGUCACAUCAUCAUCACAGUCCUCAGCCAUGGAAAUUAGAUUGCUUGUAGACCUCCAAGACAUUUCUCUCUAGAUCUGAGAAAAGUGGGCUGUGGAUCACCUCCGGGGCGUUGGAUACCAACUAAUCAUGUUGGUAAUCCAGAAGCAAAAGUUUCAUUUCUUUUAUCUAACUAAUACUUUCAGUGGGAGUUAAUACCCUUUACCUGAAGAAAUCUACACUUUAAUUUGGAGCAAUUAACACACAGCAGUUCUAGUUGAAAAUAUAAACAAAAAAUGCUUCUGUUAAUGCUCUCUUUAAUUUUCAGAGCAAUUUAUUUUUGUUUAUACUUCUGUGAAGAGGAAGUCAUUUUUCCCAGCUUUCAACAUGGAAAUUUUGGUUGUAUACUAUAUGAGUAGUGUUAAUAACUGGUUGACAUCUGUGCUUUGUUUUUGUGAAUCAUGUCACAUGAUAUUAUUUGGGAUGGUUAAUCAUGUUCUGCUGAGAAAUGCUGCUGCUGGAAUUGCCCAUAUUUAUAUAUGUGGUUUUAUUAAAAAAUUACAACUAAGCAUUAGUGUUAAAACAACAUCAUUUUCAAAUUAAUAUUGUAAAAAGUUAAAGAAUCAGAGCAGUGGGGGGGAGGGGCGAGUUCUUUUGUUUUUUUAUUCACACCACCCCUGACUGAGGUUGGGAAAACUGCAAAGAAAGUUGGUAUUGUCUGCAGUUCUAGUUGAUGCUUACAGUGGUAUAAAAAUAGUAAAUUCAAUAUAAAGUUUCUCCAUGGAUUCUUUGUAGUAAUUGUAAGCUGAGGUAUUGGUGAAUCCAUAUUAUGACUCCAUUAGUGAGCUGUGGUAUGGUUAGGGUUUUCCUACUACUUCAAGACUUUUACCUGUAGAAUAUUUUUACUAAGGUGCUUUAUAAUGUGUUUUAAAGCAUUGCAUUUACAAAAGGAGUAAAAUGCUGUAAAUACUGCUUAUUUUAUGUAUUUGGACCAAAAGGUUUAAAGUAACUCGUUCAAAGUGGGUUUUUGGUUUUUGGGUUUGUUUUUUUUUUUUUGCACCCAUUUGGUUGUGUGAAGUAAAAAAAAACAUCACAUAUACUUCCUGGUUGAAUUAACUGUUGGACAUUGCAGAAAUGCACUUCAGUGACCUCUAUGACUUUAAUACUAGAAUGUUGUCCAGGGAUUCUCUUUACAGAAAUGUUGUCGUCAUCCUUUGUUAUGUUAAGAGGAAAAGAAGAAAAAUAUGAUGUGUAGUCUGGUUGAGAAAGAUGCAGUGAGCUUGACAUAAUUGUAUUUAUGUAACUGCCUUAUGUGACUAUUGUAAAUUUGUGAGUUGCCAUUAUUAACAAUGUGAAACACCUGGUAAAUCAAGUAAAUUGAAACUUGAGAACAGAUGUUUGGGGCCACUGCAUUAUAGCAAAUGGCAGUGGAGAACUACAAGAAUUUGUUUCCUAUUGAAUUUUCGUAAAGAUCUGAGUAUUUACACAUCUUACACCUGCCUUUUCUUAAAGUGCUUUGCACAGGGUCUGAUGGGGGAAGGCACUGAGGAGACAAAGUAAAAAAUGGUUGUAAAGGUUUUAAUUCCUAAGGGAUGAUGCUGAAGGCUUAGUUUAAAAUUACCAACUGGAGUUUCUUUAACCAGCUUGUUCUUGUAAUGAAAACAAAGGAAAUGGAAAAUGGUCUGUGAACUGGGUGUCUGCAGCCAAAAGCAACAGUCCAGUUACAGACAGGAUAAUGACAGACUAUCAAGUACAUCUUGCCUUUUCUUUGUUUUCUUGAAUUUUCUCUUUGAAUUUUAAAAAUAGACCUCAUUGUUCUUCCCAAAUAAUCAGGGAAGUUCCUUCUGGUAGCUUACCAUUUAUAUAGUGUGAACCAUGCAUAAGAUUUCCUGUGCUAGUUCUUGUCUAUUGACGUCAUUAAUAAUGCCAACAUGCCUGGGAAUGAGAUGUGUUCACACGUGAAGACAGUUUCUAGCUAAAGGAAGGAGCUGAGGAGUUGUACACAAGAAGUAGCUAAUGGAGAUAUAAAAACUUCUAAAACAAAGCAGUAGCCUUUUUGAAAUAAGAGGAAUAUUUAUAAACCCAGUAAAGAUUAUCUACUAGGUGAUAGUUUUAUUUUAGGUGGUUUUGUCUAUGUUGUUUUCCUUCAGUAUGAUUUGGUAAGUUACCUUCUUGAGUCUUCUUCAAAAUUUUCAGAAGAGCACCUCUGGGAGAAAGGAAGCAUUUACUAAGUAAAAACAUACAACAUUCAUCUAAGUAAUGAAAAAAGUUAUGUACGCAAAUACUUCUGUAUUCACAAGAAAAAAAAAAUAAGCAAAACUGCUACUGAUUUCAGUACAGCCUACAGAAACCUAUUCUAUUUCAUAAGCAAUUCUUAAAGUUGUAUUCCCGCCCCCCCCCUCCCCCAGAUUAAGGAUUUCUGAAAUAUAAGGCUUCAGGAAUGGUAGAAAAACUUGUAUUUUUGUUUACUUUUAAGAGCAAUAUAUUUUUUCAUAGCGCAUAUAAGUAAACACACAUUAUUUACUUCUUGUUCUUUGCUGUGAACUGACCACGUUGAGACAAAAGUUUAAGACUUUUUUUUAAUGUUAGCUACAGUUGGAGAGGUGAAUUCAUUCUAGAUGUACUCUGAAAACGUUACUGACUGUGGAACAUGAAAGGAAUUGAGACUGUACUUUUGUAUGUAGUGCUACCAUCUGGCCAACUGUGAACUUUUUAGAAUCCCUUGAAUUAAGAACUAUUGAUCUUUGAUUUCCUAAAAGCAGAGAGUUUAGGAAGAGGAAACUUACAAAUUUUUCAAAAACCUGCUGUGCUCAUCUUCUAUUCAGAAAAGGAAUCAAUCCAAUCUGAUAUUAAAAACAUUUUACAGUAUAUAAACAGAAUUUAUCUUGUGCAUUUUCCCUUAAUGAGUUUGAGUGAAAAGCAACAAUACAUGGACUGUUGUUGUUGCAGGCUGUAUGAUCAGUAAACUUACUAUGCAGCCUCCUGAACACAGGUCUCUGAACUGAAGUCACUGUAGUCUCUGCACAGGAGUGAGACUUGCUUUUUGCUGGGCUGAGUCCAUUUGAAAGGUGCUGAAAUGCUCAUAUAUGUAGUUGAGAGUAGGUUUUGUUACAUGGUUCUGUACUUUUUGUACAAAACUAAAGCUCAGAUUUUGUGCAAAAUUCUAGCCCUGUUGAAACUCCUGACUGUCAGUGUAAUGGCACUAGGACCAGCUGUGCUGGCAGCUACAUAGCCAUAACCCCAGCAUGCCGGGAGCACUUGGGAUCUCCUGGGCAGUGUUGAUGGGAGAGCAACAGUGUUUUGGGCUCCUUCCCGUAAUAAUCCUGCAUCCGUGCAACAAGAAUUUCACUCCUAUUUUCUUAGUGCAUCUGUGGGCAGAUAAAAUGCUAGGGUGUGGAGUGUCCUACGUGUACAUUUCUGUUUGCUCUGGGUUUGUUUUCAUACGGUCUCUCUUAAUGGUAUGCUGAUCAUGGCAUUAUUUUCAAACAGGCAUGAAAAUUGGUAGCUCUACAAUAUGGCGAAGGAAGCAGCAGUCCAUCCUGGUCGUUUGAAAUGCCUUUUUGUGGGUACUUAGCUUUUCUGGAGAUACUUAGCUGUUUUUACUUUCCAGAAAUACACAUUUCCUUGUUUAUGAUCUCAGAGCAGUCCUAUUUUAAUAUCAGGGAGAAUUCGGUUAUUUUCUGUUAUAAUUCUGUUAACAUUUUCCUUAGGCUUACCUGGUGUUGCUAACUGUGUCUGUGACGAAAGCUAUGUGAUGAUGCUGUCUGAACUGUGCUGCUUAAGCAGUCAGUGGAAAAAGCUGAUUCGAGUGCACUGCCAAUGAAGCUCUUCAAAAUUAGAGCAUAUUUUAUGACUACUAGAGAUUAAAUUUAAGGAAACUGUAGGGCUACGGAGUUGCAUGGAAGCACCCUUUACUGUAAGCCUAUGCAACUAUGUAACCUUUACAGCAGUAUUUAUAGAAAGAGCCCUUUUCAAGAAGACUUUUCUGGAGCAUAAUUAUAAAUGUUUAUACACUUGUACUGUCUUAUAUUUACAUCAGCAGGUUUCUGUAGCUUCUGUAAAAAAGACAGGUUUGUGAGCAUAUCUAAAGUAGUACUGAAUGUAAUUUUGAAAAACAUGGAUUGUGCUUCAUGACUUUUUUCUUUUUAAAUACACACAGCUAACUAGUGCCUUUUUUCCUCACAAUCCAUGUUGAAGAUGUUUGCUCCCUCUCACCCUCCGUAAAUUGAUUCGUUUGUGCAAUACUAUUCCGACUUGAAACCAUUUUGUCACAGCUGUUUGAGAAAUAAUCUCCAUUUUUCCUUAUUAUGCUGCCAGCUUUCUGUUGUUGAAGUGUUUCAGUUGAUUACCUAAUGCAAAUGCUAUAAAAUAAAACACCCAGUGGGAAGGGGAAAAAAA